UGUGUGUGUGUGUGUGUGUCUGUGUGUGUGUCUGUGUGUGUGUGUCUGUGUGUGUGUGUCUGUGUGUGUGUGUGUGUGUGUGUGUGUGUGUGUGUCUGUGUGUGUGUGUGUGUGUGUGUGUGUGUGUGUGUGUGUGUGUGUGUGUGUGUGUGUGUGUCUGGGUGUGUGUGUGUGUGUGUGUGUGUGUGUGUGUGUGUGUGUGUGUGUGUGUGUGUGUGUGUGUGUGUGUCUGUGUGUGUGUGUGUGUGUGUGUGUGUGUGUGUGUGUGUGUGUGUGUGUGUGUGUGUGUGUGUGUGUGUGUGUGUGUGUGUGUGUGUGUGUGUGUGUGUGUGUGUGUGUGUGUGUGUGUGUGUGUGUGUGGGAGCCUGCAGGAGGCGCUGGUGCGUCGCUCGUCUGUCGCUCGUCUGUUUUCUGCACGCGCUCAGUGGGACGUAGAGGUUAAAGUUCGGGUUAGUUGUUGUUCAAGUUUCUCUUCAGUUUUUCCGACACGAUUCACAGAAAAUGACCUGGAAAUGAAAGAUUUGACCUUUUGUUGUAAACCUGCACUUCCUUCUGUCUGAGUCUGGAGCUGAACAAACUGAAGCUGAGUCGAGUCGUCACGUUUCCCUCGAGCGACUUUCACCUGGACUCCAGACGUGAACUUUCUCAGGUGGAAGUUUCAGUUUGAAACGUUUUACAGAUGUGACUUUUCUUUUGUGAAAACUGUAACAUGUUUUAAACUCGUCUCAAACAGCUGGACUCCUGUUUGUUUCUUUCACAUGUUUCAUUCUUUGACUUUGUUUACGUCUCUAAACUCUGUUGUAGUUUGUAGUUUUCAGGUGAACAGUUCUUUUCCGUUUACGCUGCGUCCAGACGUCGGUGUCGCGGCGUCGUGUCGCGGCGUCGUGUCGCGGCGUCGUGUCGCGGCGUCGUGUUCACGUGCAGGAGUCUGACACGGCGUCCUGGACGUCCUGGGUUUUUGUGACGCGUCUUGAGUUUUCAGGCAUCGACGUUCUAGAGCCAAGAUCAACACUUCUGACAUAAACAGUUCUGCUUUUUCAACUUCUGAUGUCUGAAGCGCCGCGUCAGCCAAUCAGAGACGAGUAUCCAGAGACGCAGCGACGUAAUUAUCCACAAGAAGAAGAAGAAGAAAGAGCCGAGAACCACAAACACCAGAAGAAGAAACUCUACAGAGAGUCCAUUAAAGGAAGAUGAAUAUAAACACAGCGACGAUACUGACGAGUUUGAGUCAUAGAAACAGUAGAUUCACUUUGGGCGACCGCAGCGACGCUCUGACAUGUGAAGUAUUUUUCUUCUGUUGUUCGCGGCGUCUGAACUCAAACACAAAAACUCCAACCGCAGUCGACCAGAGUCGACUCUGUCUGAACACAGCUUCAGCUCAGUCGAGAUCCACGACUCCACGACUGAAACGAUCCACGUGCUGAUUCUAGUGAAGGUGUGUGGAGUUUAAAAACACAGUGGAGCUCUUCCUGUAUCACCACAUGAUGACAUCACAAGGUGUUUUUGUUGGAGAAGAACUCGGCCUGAAUCUGCAGGUUUGUGUGUUUAAGUUUGUAGAGACGAAAGAGAAACACAGAGACAGUUUGUCCUGAGAAGUUGAGCAGGAAAAAAGACAAACACCAACUCCUCUCUUCUUCCUCUUUCCUCUAAAAUCACUCUUGUUUAGUCGUGUUCAGAGUUUCUGUUUCGUGUUUCGUCUCUCGUCUCGUUCGUCUUUAGAUCCUUCGUCUGUUUCAGUCGCUCCGUCGCUGGAAGAAUCUCCAACAAUCUCCAGAGACAAAAGUCCAAGACUCGACCACACUGUGCUUGAAGGUUGUAUAGAGGAUUUUUUAAGGGAAGAGAAAUACAGCGACAGUUCUUCUGCCUGCGUGACCCCACCUCCCUCCUCCACAGCUCCUCAGUAGAAACUUCUCCUUCCACCUCUUUACUCUACAAAUCAUGUUUGUUUCCAGCCAGUGCGCGUCCAGAAUCACUGUUGAAGUUUCCUGUCUAGAAAUAAUUUAUCAACCGACGCGUCAGUUUUUAGACCCUUCGUCUGCUUCAGUCGCACCAUCGCUGGAAGGAAUCUCCAAGAAUCACCUCAGUUUGUCUUUGCUCCUUUUCCUCUUCUCUUCUUCUUCCUCAAAAACCGACUUUCUUUUGCGGUGAACUGGUCGUGGAUUCUCGUCCGACAUCACAACAAACUUUGUAUGAACUGUGAGGAAGCGACAGUUUGAAAAAGCCUCUAAGAACCGCUGCAUAAACCACAUAAUCCCUGCGCUCCGGCGAGUCACUUACACUAAAAAGGUUGUCAAUCAAACUCCUUACAUAACAGCCAAUAGAUAAAGAGGAAGCCUCGUUUUCUAUUGGCUGAUGUUUAUCUGACCUCAACAUGUCCGCAGUUGAUAGAUUUUCAUUAUUUUUUUUGGUCAUAAUUACAAAGCUGCUGCGUCUCUUUAAUGGUAUUUUAAAUUUUCAUUGACAAUUUGAAACUAAAAAAAAAGAAUCCCCCAUACAACCUUUAAACUCCACAUUUGUCUCUUUGUAAAUAAUUUGUGAAACUGUAACAAAACAUAAAUGUGUUUUUAUAAACUCAACAAACGUCGUUCAUGGAAAUUCAAACUCGUUGGUUGUUCCGCACGUGUUGCUCUAAGAUGAUCUUGAUUUGUUUAAAUGUCGUUCUGGAUUUUCUACACGACCAAAGAAAAUAUUUGUGUUACUGAGCAGAUUUUCAAAAUAAACCGGGACGUCUCGGUUUGUGGAGCUCGAUAAAACGGAAAAUAGUGAAACGAAUGUGAAAAGAAGGAAAACUGUUCACGAUGAACUCGAGUCACUUUAGUCACAUUUUCUUUGUGUUUUUAAGCAGAUUUUUAUUUAUUUAUUUUUUGGUCGGUUUUGUUUAAAUCUGUGGGACGUGGACACAGACUCAGGAAACAUGGACGUGUCUGUAUUUGUGCCAAUAAAAUAAAAGUCUGAUCAUUCUGUCUUAAAACAGGACGGAGCUGAUCAUGUUUUCAGUGCGUCACAUAUUUGUUCUGUUUUUUUUACCGUGUUUAUCACAAGAAACAACACGACGACAUAAAACGGGUUGAAGUCGAGGACAGAGACGCGUCGACGAUGAUGAAGAACAGGAUGUUUAAAACCGACAAGAGCGUCCACUAGAGGGCGAGAAUCCACAGAAACAUCAGCAUCUCCACACGCAGUACUGCCCCGCUCGAAGUACUACGCACUCAAAGUACUGCCCCGCUCGAAGUACUACGCACUCAAAGUACUGCCCCGCUCGAAGUACUACGCACUCAAAGUACUGCCCCGCUCGAAGUACUACGCACUCAAAGUACUGCGCAGUACUCGCCCGAACUCUGAACACGUCUGCUCCCGCCUCAGGAAGUGACAUCACAGUGACGUCAUGAGCUCCAAACGAGUCGUCUUCAAAAAGGUCUCCCGCGACAAAUCUUUGACCGUGUAUCUGCCCAAGAGAGACUUUGUCGACCACUGUGAUUAUGUCGACCCAGUGGAGGGGGUGGUGGUGAUUGAUCCUCAGCAGCUCAAAGGAAAAAAAGUGUACGUGAUGUUGGCGUGCACGUUCCGGUACGGUCGUCAGGGCGAGGAGGUGAUGGGCGUGGCCUUCAGGAGGGACCUGCUGGUGGUGACUCGGCAGGUUUUCCCCGAGCUCCAGGACAAAUCCCGACUCGUCCACUCCAGGGUCCAGGAGAAACUCGUCCGGAAGCUCGGGGACUACGCCUUCCCCUUCUUCUUCGAGUUUCCAGAUAAUCUGCCGUGUUCUGUGGCUCUGCAGCCCGGACCCACCGACCAAGGCAAGAAAUGUGCGGUGGAGUUUGAGGUGAAGGCGUUUUGUGCCGAUCAAAACGACGAGAAGACGGACAAACAGAGCUCCGUGCGUCUGAUGAUCCGUAAAGUCCAGUUCAGUCCGGACUCUGUGGGUCCGGCUCCGGUCGCCGAGACGACGUUUGAGUUUCUGAUGUCGGAAAAACCUCUGUAUGUGAAACUGUCCCUGCCCAAAGAGACCUUCUAUCACGAGGAGCCGGUGAAGGUGAACGUGGAGAUCAACAACUCCUCGAGCAGAAACAUCAAAGACAUCAGCCUGUCAGUGGAGCAGGUCACAAACGUGGUUCUUUAUUCCAACGACAAAUACGUGAAAUCUGUGGCCAAAGAAGAAACCACAGACACGGUUCCGGCGGGUUCCUCUCUGAAACGGGAGUAUUGUCUGUUUCCAUCUCUCGCCCACAACAAAGAACGUCGAGGUUUGGCCCUGGACGGACGCCUGAAGCACGAAGACACCAACCUGGCCUCCUCCACCAUAGUGAAGCAGGAGGUUCUGAAGGACGUCCAGGGGAUGUUGGUCUCUUAUAAAGUGGUUCUCAGGAUGAUCGCCUCCGGUGACGUUUCCCUGGAGCUUCCCUUCAGACUCAUGCAUCCCAAACCCGACGCAGCAAAAGAAAGUGAUCCUGGUGAUCUGGUUUUCGAGGACUUUAAACGAGUUUAUCUCAAAGGCGUGAUCGGAGACGACGACGACUCUGCCACUGAGGCCUGA